GGCGGCGGACACCUAAGGGGAGUGCACGCAAGGGAACCAAGAUGGCGGCGCGCGUGUUGCGGGGCCUUUGCUGGGCGAGGCCGGUGCUGCUCCCCGCCCGGACCCCCCGAGGCAUCCUACACCGAGCCGCCGCCGGCGCCGCCCCCAGCUCCGAGUUCCGGAGCGAAUACGCCCUGGACAGGCUCUAUCCGGAACGCAACAGAAGCGACGCGCCGGAGGGCACCCAAGUGCGUGCGGAGGAGACAAGACAAAAUGAUGGGACAAGACAAACCUCUCCUGAUAUUCCUAUGGAUUGUCUGUCCAUAUCCUAUUGCCGGAGCAGUGGACCCGGAGGCCAGAAUGUUAAUAAAGUGAAUAGUAAGGCAGAAAUUAGAUUCCAUUUGGCAUCAGCUGAUUGGAUUGCAGAAGAUGUGAGGCAGAAAAUAGCAGUGAUGCACAAGAAUAAAAUAAAUAAAUCUGGCGAGCUGAUCAUAAACUCUGAAGUGAGUCGCUACCAAAUGAGGAAUCUGGCAGACUGCUUGGAAAAAAUCAGAAACAUGAUUAAGGAGGCCACUGAGAAAUCCAGUGUGGUAUCAAAGGAGAACUCCCAACUCCUCAUAGCCAGGGUGCAAAAAAUGAAUCGUGAACGACUGCGACAGAAAAAAAUUCAUUCAACUAUAAAACAAAGCAGGAGGGUAGACUUUGAUUGAAGACAAAAAAAAAAUUGCCUGGAUAUCCUAUUUUUAAACACAUUGGCCUGGAAACUGAAGAGGAUACUCAAAAUUAUAAACUGUCUUUAAAAAAGUCUUUGCUUAAAACAUGUAAAAAUAAAAUGUAAUUUAACAUCU